AUGAAAGCGGACGAAAUAUCUUUAGUUGUAAAAACCGAUUAUCUUAUAUACUGUUUUGGUGAAAAUUAUUUGAAAAAGCACAAAAGGGAGCAGAUUUUGACUGUAUGCUCUAACAAAAUGAGAGAACUGGCACGUCUUCUUAUAGAGUUCAGAAAAAUCACAAAUACUCCGAAUUGUAUGUUACAAAGUAUUUUAAUGCCAAAAAAUUUUGAUGUAGUAGUAGAAUGUGCUAAAAGAUUAGGAGGUUAUGAUAUGGAAAAAAAAACUUAUAAAUCUCCAAGUUUAUCUGCCCACUUGGGAACAUCAUUAAAGCAAGUGUGUGAUCUAUUUAUAAGAAUGGUUUUGAAAGAAGAUCCUUCAAUAAAAGUUGAAAAUAGACAAUAUACCCUCAAAGAAACAAAACGUUUUAAUGAACUUAUAGAAAGUCAAUGGACAACGGAAAUUAGCAGUCUUGCGUUCAAAGUUUUGCAGGAAAAACGAUGGGAAAAGCCGGUUAUAUUACCGUUAACAACUGACAUUGAAAAGUUUAAAGAAUAUGUUACUCAAGUGGCUGAUAAAGCAGUAGCGUUACUUACAAAAGAUGCCAGUAAUAAAAAAGAAUUUAGAAAUUUAGUAGAAUCUUGCCUUAUAUUAACUAUCUUAUUUAACAGACGAAAAAUAGGUGAUGUCCAAUAUAAAUUUGUUAAAACUUAUACCGAAUAUAUAAAUAAUACAGUGAAUCAAAUUUAA